UUCAGACAUAUCGGAAGUUCGUUGUAAGACUCGCCACAAAUUUUCAAGUCACAGUAUUAGUGUAAUUAAACGUGAAUAUGUACUUGUUUUAGGCAACCACACGAGGUCACGAUCAGUAUUUUACUUCUAAGUAUUUACAGAAAUUAGUAAAAGAAUAAUUGACUGCAAAAUGGAAGAAAUACUCUUAAAUCGUUUGUCCACUUUUGUCAAAGAAGUGAAAUCUCUCUCGGAUCAAGCUCUCAAUUUAUGUCAAACUCUUCAUGAAAAUGAUGAAAACUUAGAAUCAGCAAGGAUUGUUAGGUCUAAAUUGAAAGCAAUUUUAUCUCGGUUUACCACGGAAUUAUAUAAUUAUUUCAAAAUUUGUAACGACCCUAAUCCAGACGAGAUAUCAGAUUUGACUAAUGAUCAACUUCGAGGUGAAGAAAAUUUAGCAGAGCUAGAGGCAAGAUUAGCCAUGAAGAGUGAGAAGUCAGUGAUGUUACCUCAGCCAAGUGAUUAUUCAUCAUACAGCAAACUACCAGAUUUGCAUUUACCAGAGUUUAGUGGUAAUUUGCUUGAAUGGCACCAAUUUUGGGAUCAGUUCACAUCAAACAUGAACCGAAGAAAAUUGAAUGAUGUCGACAAGUUGCUGUAUCUCAAAAGUUCUCUCAAAGGAGAUGCUGCUAGACUUAUAGAUGGACUUGAAACAACAAAUCGAAAUUAUCAGAUUGCUGUCAAUACUUUAAAGGCUCGAUAUGGGAAAGAAAAUGAAAUUGUAUAUGCGCAUCAUAACGCUCUAAAGAAAAUCAAGCGAGCGGAAAAGAUGGAGGAUUGUAAAGGAACGUUGGAUGAGAUAGAACGACAUCUCCGAGUACUUCAAUCUAUGGGAGAAAAUACCAAUUCCAAUCAAAUGCGAUUUCUUAUUAUGGAAAAGUUUCCAACUGAGAUUAUCUAUGAAAUGAAAAUAAGAUUGGACUCUGACCGGACAGAGUCAGUCGAAGACAUAUUGACACAACUUUCAAGAGUGAUCUCAGUUAAAGAGGAAGCACGAAUGAUAACUCAGGAAAGUACCAUGGAAGGAGCGCCACAAUACACUGUGGAAACUUUACAUGUAAAGGAAACUGUUCUUCAAAACAAAGGACAUUCUUCUAAGAUGAAUAAUACUAAUGAAUUCAAACAUAAUAAAGGCCGUUGGAACAAUUUUAAACCUAAAGUGAACAAUAGGUAUCAGAGAGAGAAAACCUUCUCAACUAAAAGAAAAUUUGAAACAGAAAGAAGUGGUUAUAGCAAAUUUACUAAAGAAAAGAAAAGAAGAUGGUCAUGUAUUUUCUGUGGGGAACACCAUAACAAUAAAGAUUGUACCAAAGCAAGAACCAUUGAAGAAAGGAAAGCUAGAUUGAGAGGUAGAUGUUUUAUUUGUUUUAAACCAGGACACAUAAUGCGUAAAUGUACAGUAAAAAGGAAAUGUGAAUUUUGUGAGAAACAAGGGUCUCAUCAUCAAUCGUUAUGUCCUAGUAAAUUUCAAGAAAAACCGGAACAGAAAGGAUCAACCAGCACUAGUGUAAUGCACACCAGUAGAAAGGGAACUACUUUAUUGCAGACUGCGGUGGUUGAAGUUCGAGGAUAUGGUAAUAAUACAAAACUAUGUCGAAUUCUAAUGGAUUGUGGUAGUCAAAGGAGCUAUAUCACUGAAAGGAUUGCCAAGGAUUUGAAUCUUCCAGUUGAAGAGCAAAAUAAUCUUUCAAUAUUUACGUUUGGAGCACAGAAGCCCAAGGAAAUAGAAAGUCCAUUAGUUAAAGUAAGGUUAGUUACACAGAGUAAAGCGAUUAGGACUGUAUGUGCCAACGUGGUACCUUCAAUAUCUCAGGGAGUUCCACAUCCAGAAAAGGACUUACUUGACUGCAAGAUCAAGGAAAAUUACAUCUUAGCAGAUAAUGGUACAUUGUCAGAUAGAGUAGACAUUUUACUAGGAAAUGAUUAUUAUUACACGAUUAUGUCAACGAAGAAGGUUCGUAUUGCAGAAGACUUAUACCUCAUCGAAUCGGAAUUCGGAUGGAUGCUUUCGGGCAAAACUUCAGAGAAUAACAACACAGUUGAACAACUGUCAGUAUUGACAUAUUGUCAAUCUUCAUGUGAAGUCAGACUGAAUCAACCAGAUCCACCAUUAGACAAUGGAGACUUAAAACGUUUGUGGGAUUUGGAGUCGAUUGGAAUCACCGAUUCACCAAAAUUAAGUCGCGAUGAAGAAGCUAUCAAACACUUCAAUGAAACAACUGAGUACAGAGAUAACAGAUAUUAUAUUAGUUGGCCAUGGAACGACUAUCCAACAGACUUACCAUCUAAUUUUGGAUUAGCGUUCGGACGUCUAGUAAGUUUAGUUAAAAGAUCAGACUCUGGAACUCUAACAAUAUAUGAUCAAACAUUAAGAGAACAACUGGAAAAUGAAAUCAUUGAAGAAGUCCCAAACACAGAGGAAAAGGAUCAUCCAAUACAUUACAUACCAUUUCAUGGAGUGUUGACACCGGGAAAACCUUUGAGAAUCGUAUACGACGCUUCAGCAAAGAUCAAAGAUAACAAGAGUUUAAAUCAAUAUCUUUAUUGUGGACCACUAUUAUUAGAAGAUUUAACAGGAUUACUAAUUAAAUUUAGAUGUUAUAAGGUUGGAAUAACAGCUGAUGUUGAAAAGGCAUUUCUACAAAUUGGAUUUAAAGAACAGGACAGAGAUGUCACAAGAUUUCUAUGGUUAAAAGAUACCAAAAAACCAGUAACAAAAGAUAAUCUUCUUUACCUUAGAUUCACUCGCGUUCCAUUUGGAAUAAUAUCAAGCCCAUUUAUUUUAAAUGCUACAAUCAAACAUCAUCUGAUGAACGCCAAAAAUAAAAGUGUUAGAAAAUUAGCAAAUGACAUUUAUGUAGACAACGUUGUGACUGGAGCCAACACUGCAAAGGAAGUCGAAGAGUUAUAUAGAAACUCAAAGGAGGCAUUCCAAGAAAUCUCAAUGAACUUGAGACAAUGGAGUUCUAAUUCAACGGAUUUCAUGCAACAAAUACCUGAUUGUUGUCCAGAAGAGAUAGUAAAAGUAUUGGGUCUAGACUGGCACAUAAAAGAUGAUACAUUACACUUGAGGACCAACAAAAUUAUAAACAAUGCUAAUACCAAAAGAGGUAUUCUGAAAAGCGUUGCAUCUUAUUUCGAUCCAUGUGGAUUUAUAGUUCCCACUCUGUUAGCUGCUAAAAUCUUACUGCAGGACCUGUGGAAGAUGAAAAUAAAAUGGGACUCACCAUUACCCAAGGAUAUCGUUGAAAAAUGGAAGGAUAUUCAAGAAGACUUGGAAGGAGUCAAGGAAAUAAGUUUAGCUAGAUGCUAUAUGAAGAAUCCUCAAUGUAACGACUUUGAAAUUCAUUGUUUCACGGACUCUUCAACAAGAGCCUAUGCAGCUGUAGUUUAUAUCGUUGGAAAUGAUCAGAAAAGUUUUGUUAUUGGAAAGUCGAGAUUAGUACCGAUAAAAGACCAAGAAAAUCUAAAAAUCCCUCGUUUAGAGCUGUUGGGCGUAUUGAUUGGAAGCCGAUUAAUACAAUAUGUUCUUAAAUUCAUUGAUUUAAAUAUAACUAAACAAAUAUUAUGGACAGACAGUCAAAUUGUUAUUGAUUGGAUUAACUCAACUAAAUUACUAACACCAUUUGUUGCCAGAAGGAUCAAUGAGAUCAAACAAAAUAAAAAUGUAAUCGUCAAAUACGUACCGUCAGAACUGAAUCCUGCUGAUGUUGCUACCAGAUCAACAAGCGCAAAGGAGGAUCAAGAGAAAUGGUUAAAUGGACCAAAUUUUUUGCUUGAGAAACCUGACAGUUGGUCAGGGAAAUUCAAUAUCGAUACUUUUUUAGUUGGGGAGGGUCUGACGAAGACUAGUGAUACGCAAAGUUGUUCACAAAUGGAAGUAGAAGGUCAGAUGAACACCAAUGAGGUUCAAGAACAGGUUCCAGAGGUAAUAGAAUUGGAAGAUUCUAUAGAUGACAACAUACAAGACAACACAUCUAAAGAACAAGAAGUAGAGACUGAAUGUCUGGAUAACAGCAUAAAUGAAAUUAAGAAAAUACAAGCUGAAUACUUCAAAGAAGAAGUAAAUGGUAAAGAAACAAGUCUCAGUCGUAAUUUGGGAGUGUUCAAGGACGUUGACGGAAUUUUACGAUGUAAGGGUAGGCUUCAAUAUGCUGAAUGGUCUUUCGACAAAAGGUACCCCAUACUUAUACCUAAAGGUUGUGAUUUCACUGAUAAAAUUAUAAGAAAAACACAUGAAGAGAACUAUCAUGUGGGUGUCAAUCAUACUCUGAGCCUGAUUCGUCAGAAGUACUGGAUACCACAAGGCAAACGUGAAGUUCGAAAGAAGUUGGAAAAAUGUCCACGUUGCGUGAAACAUGGAGGUGGACCAUUCAAAGCACCACCCAUACCUGCAUUACCACAUGAAAGGGUAAAUUAUAGCAAACCAUUUACAUUUACUGGUAUUGACUAUCUGGGACCAGUGUUAGUUAAAACAGAAGGAGGAACGAGCAAAAGAUGGAUAUGCUUAUUAACAUGUUUGGCAGUUAGAGCAGUACACUUAGAAGUGGUAGACGAUUUGUCAGCUGAAGAAGGUUUACUCGCUCUGAGGCGAAUGAUUGCGACCAGAGGAGUACCAACUCUAAUUACAUCAGAUAACGCAUUACAUUUCAAAUUAAUAGCUGAUAUAGUUUCCAAUGCAUACUGUGUUAAAAAUAAAAUAAAAUGGCGAUUCAUACCUGAACUCGCACCUUGGAUAAUCAACUUGCAACAAUAG